UUUUGGGACAAAUAUUUCGCAAAUAUUUAAAUAUUUAUAGAAAAGUUUCGAUUAACCCAAAAAUAUUCUUAAUUUAUGUAAUCGUAAAAGUAUAAUAGUAGCAUAGGCAGAUUUGUUCAUAAGUAUAACCUGGGAAUUGUUGAUAAUAUGGGUGCGUUUACCAGUCGUCAAAACGGUGCAAUCGAAGAGGCCGAACAAAGUGCUAAUAAUAAUGCGUAUAAAUAUCCUCCACGUACGGGUAAUUUUUUUGGUAGUCACUUUAUAAUGGGUGGCGAGCGCUUUGAUACGCCUCAGCCGGAAUCUUAUUUGUUUGGGGAAAAUGCCGAUUUAAAUUUUCUUGGCAAUCGACCUACCGCUUUCCCCUAUCCGCCGCCACAAGCCAAUGAACCUACAAAAACGCUAAAAAGUUUAGUUAAUAUACGUAAAGAAUCUGUACGCUUUGUCCGGGCUAUACAAGAAAAAAAUGCUGAAGAUAAUACGGAUGGAAAUUGUAUGAGUGAUGAGCAAUCGCCAACUUGCUUAUACAAUAUUGAAUUCACAUUUGACACGGAUGCCAAAUGUGCCAUAACCAUAUACUACUUUUGCAGUGAAGAGGUAAGCCCUAGCGGUGUUACGCUAACACCACGCGAUGGUUUAACGUCAGAAACAUAUCACUAUGAGAAGGGCAUAAAUCAAUAUUUCACACAAGCUGGACAUGUUUUUAAUCCUCAACUAAUACCUGAAGAUGAUUUUAUCUAUAGUGUGAAUAAGGAACAAUAUCCAGUAGCUAUACAUUGUGUAGUAGAGGAGGGGAAUGAGGAUUGCCGUCAAUCUCAUACAACUAUAUGUGUGAUCGAUCAUCACCCGGAAAGUAAUAGUUAUGUACUGAGAGCUUUAAAGCAAAAAAUUUUCGUGGAUGGUUUGUGUUAUUUACUUCAAGAGAUAUAUGGUAUUGAAAAUAAAGCCAUCAACAAAAGUUCUCUAGACGAAGAUCUUGACGAUCACGGCAGUGAGUGUGUUAUUUGCAUGAGUGAAUCGCGCGACACUUUAAUAUUGCCUUGCCGUCAUUUAUGCUUAUGCAAUUCUUGUGCGGAUUCAUUGCGGUAUCAGGCUAAUUGUUGUCCCAUUUGUCGUGCACCAUUCCGGGCUUUACUGCAAAUACGAGCGGUUCAAAAGGGUGUUGGCAGUCAUAUAUUACAUCAAAAUACGCCCACAUCGGCGAACGAACCUGUUGUUUGCGAUCAGCAUGUACCACCUGGUUACGUGCCAGUAUCACUGAUUGAGGCACUAAAUGGACCAGUCCAGUAUGUGGGCAGCCGUCGUUCAAAUGGAGGAGGGGAUGCUGAUGUGUUAGAUGGUGUUACCGGCGCUUCCAAUGAGCAGCACAAAUCCACAUCACCAUUAAAACCAAAUAGUCAGCGACGUCAGAAGGCAAAAAAAAAUGCGUCAACCUCAACUAGCGCUAGUGAAGUUGGCACCAUGACGACAAACGCUAAUGCGCCUAUUAUUUCGACAAUGGACAUCGUUGAAAGCGAAGCCCACAUAGAAUCGAAAGCUAAUGGAAAACGUUGUUCACAAGACAAACUACAAGUAGUCAAUGAACGUCAUAGCUUAAAAGUGUCAAAAUCGCAUAAAAGGCAUUCCAAAAACUCAGUUGCUAGUACUGAAAUGGCUACAACUGCUACGUCGACUCAUGACGAGGGAGAAGACGAUAGCGAAAAUGAAAAGUUAUCUCCAUUAUUAUCGCCGGGCAGUAAAUGCAAACCUAUACCUUCACAAUUAGCUAAAACUUUAACAUGUAGUGAUAAUAAUGAAGAAAAUGAAGACGAAGAUGACGGGGAUGGCGUCUUAGUAGAGCCGAGAGUUGAUUUUAAGCAUAAAAAAGCAACUUCGUUUAAAAAACAUAAAAAGGCCAGUGAUGUGAAAAGUCAACGUGAUGAUCCAACUAUUGACAAUGAGAGAUCAAAUACAGUUGAUAUGCCUGUUUCGGGUGCAACCAAUACUAAUAAUGAAGAUUCUGAUUAUUAUACACCAGAAGAUCAACAAAAUUCCAUAUUGAGUCCUUUAUGUCCCGAUCGUCAAAGAAAUUUGGGAAACGGUUUAACAACCGGCGAGAAAUUGAAAACGAGUUUAGUAAAAAAGAAUCUCCAUAAAAAAUCGACUUCGGUGGGUAACAUUGUAGGCAGCGGCGGUGGCGGUGGAAGUGUAGCUAACUCAGCUAGUUCUACUGGAGCAGUUGAUUUAAAAGGCAAUAACGUGAGCUCUUUACCCGAUAUGCUGGAUAGUCCGGUUAGUGCCACUUCAGCAUCGACACGCAGCUCAAGUGAUAGUUACUCCUCGAGUUCUUCUACCAAACAGCUAUUAAGCUCAAAUCCCAAUACAGCAGCAGCUAAUAUUAUAGUUGAUGAUAAGUUGGCUUUACAAAAUGCGGUUAAUGUUUAACAUGCUUAUAUAGAGAAUUGAUUAGAAAUCAAGUAAAAUAUUCAAAAAUGUAUUCCUCUUGGUAAGGCCUUAUUGCCUUAUGGAUUUAUUUCAGCAUUUCCCCCCCUCCCUAUAUUAUUUAUUGUUUGCAAUUUUAAUGGAAUAUGGGAAUAAUUAUGAAUCCAUAUCAAACGUAUUAUAAAAAAA